AUCCACUUCAGCACAUGUUUCAUUCCAUUGCGGAGGACAAGAUUUGCUUCCGCGAAUGAAUGGUUCGACAUACGACGCAAGGGGGAUUCCCGGGUUUUGCUCAUUCGCCUAUAUUAGACUAAGCAUUGCUUCCCUCGCCUUUUGCGAGGGAGUUGCGCGGUAUCCGGCUCCAUGGUACUGACUUGCACCUCAUGGUGAAUGAUCAGGACGAUCUUCAGCAAUGGUCGAUAGCCACCACGGCCUCCGUCACGGUGCUGGCGUUCGUGACGGUUUGCCUUCGACUGCUUGCACGGUAUGAAAGGAAGCAGAAACUAUGGUGGGACGACUACAUGAUCAUAUUUUCCAUGUUAUGGAACCUCGUCGUUGUUGGGUUUAUCUACGCCAUGAUAAAGGAAGGAAUGGGUCUUCAUGCCAACACGAUCCCAACCAGUAACGUCGUCAUGGUUGCGAAGUACCUAGUGGUGGCCGAGAUUCUUUACGUAUUCAACCUCGUCUGGACCAAACUCAGUAUCCUGCUCAUGUACUACCGCAUCUUCCACUUCCCUUACUUCAAGACAUGGGCAUACAUCAUCGGCACCUUCGUCAUUCUCUGGGUCAUCUGCAUCACCUUCCUCUUCAUCUUCAUCUGCGUCCCGGUCGAAAAGCUCUGGUAUCCGCAGAUCCCCGGCCGCUGCAUCAACCAAGUCGGCACAUGGAUCGCCAACGCCGUGUCAACAAUCGCGACCGAUAUCAUCAUCCUGCUGCUCCCGAUCCCACAAGUCUGGAAGCUCCAACUCCAGCUUUCCGAGAAAAUCGCCGUCUCAAUCGCAUUCGGCCUCGGCUUCUUCGUGGUCUUCGCCUCCGCCUACCGCUUCUCCGUCCUCUUCACCUACUCCGCAGCCGACUCCUCCUACACGCUCGCGCCAACCGUCGGCUGGACCGCCAUCGAAAUGUCCGCCGGCAUCGUCUCCGCCUGCCUCCCAACACUCCGCCCCGCCCUCCGCUUCUUCGCACGCAAGCUAGGCAUCCACGGCCGCCUACCCGCCCUAUUCCAGAGCACAACGGCCCAAACGACCAAGGCCUCGAAUCCCGCGACCGGCCCGGAAGACAGCACCUCCACCAUACUCCAGCACCCGAAACGGCACUCGUUCUACCACCUCCCCGACGAGACGGGGGAGCAGGGCACGUCUUUCAGACCGGACUAUGUGAAGACGUACACGAAUGUCCUGGGGCCGCGGGUAAGUGGGCGGCUGAGUGGCGAUGAGAUUCCUUUGAAUGGUAUCCGCGUGGAUCGGGAGUUUACGCAGACUAGUAAGCGGUAGGGCUUAGGGUUGGCUGGUUGCGUUGUAGUGUAGUGUGUUGUAAUGAAUGAUAAUGUUAUGCCGUUUGGUAUCUUGUCUUUGUAUGCAUGUGGUGUGUAUGGGGCUGGCUAGCUAUCGAGCUACUAGCUAUGAACUGCCGUGGUGUGGGCGUACAUUGCCUUUGUGUUGCAUUGUUGCAU